ACAGUCGACACAUCAACGCCUCCCGAUAGCGAAUACCUAUCGAUAGGUCGAUAGGCAACUAAAAAAAACUUUUUUCUCGUUGUUGUACAGUCGGAGAUUUGUUUUUGCGGCAAAGCAAAGGAAAAGCAAAAGCAAGAGAAAUUUUUGGAGCAAAUCCAAUCCGAGCCGGCGCAAACGUGGUCAACAUGGUGAAGCCGGGCAAGAAGAAGGUGGUCGAGGAGCUGAGCCGCAAGAAGCUGGAACCGGAGGGCAAGCGCAAGAACGGUGCCGCCGUCGCCGCCCCAGAUUGCGAUAUUGAGGAGAACAGGGACAGGGACACCAACUCCUCCGUCUCCCACUCGACGGCCGGCUCCUUGAAGAAGCCGCUGAACAAGCGGAAGGUAACCCAGACCCAGAGCCGGUCGGGAGUGCGCUCGGGAUCCGACGACAGCGAUGACCUGCCCCUCAACGGCAGCAAGGAGUCCUCCGCCGGUGGGGGAGGAGCAGGAGGAGGAGGAGCAUUCGCACCCAAGAAGCGCAAGCUGGGCAAGGCCAAAGCCACCAGCAGCCACACAUCUGCCGCCAAAAAUGGCAAGAAGGCUGCUCCAGAAGACCUAGUGGACGACGAUGAACUGGUCAACAGUGAUGCUCAAACGGGAGCCGAUGUGGAAUACGAGGUAGAAGCGAUCAUGGGCCACAAGAUUAUGCGCGGCGCAUCGUAUUUCCUGGUGCGCUGGAAGGGAUACAAUAAGGAUUCGGACACAUGGGAGCCAGAAAUUGAUCUGAACUGCGACGACUUGAUCGCACAGUUCCUGGCUAAGAACAUCAAGACGGAGGCAAAAUCCAAAGCAAAGCCCCAGAAGGUCGUAAAGAAAGCCGUGUCCGGAGUCGGCGGACGUGGACGACCGAAGAAGGCCGCUACCCCAGCAGAUCCUGAAAAGCAGUGGGUUGUUGAGCGGAUCGUUGACUUUGCGGACGACCUGUACCGGAUCAGGUGGAAGGGAUUCGGUGCCAAGGACGACACCUGGGAGCCGGAGUCGAAUCUGUCCUGCGAGGGGCUGAUUGAGAAAUUCAAGCGCGACCUGGUCACGCAGAAGAACGUGGACACCAAGGAACUGCGCGAAUCGCCCAAGAAGACCAAGCGACUCGUCAACGAAUACUACCCCAGGACGAAUAUACACAACCGCAUUGAGCGCUCCUCAAAGCGCGCUGCCGCCAAGAACCGGUGCGUUUAAUAACUCUAUAUACAAAAUAAGCGUAUUUUAUGGCGAGGACUGAGGAAAGGCGGCGGCCCCGCCCCCUCGAAGUGGUUUUCGGUGGAGGCGGCAUCCUUAGAGUUUUAAUGCAUAUAACAUUCAUUUUUUUUCGGCGUUGGUUUUUGAGGACACACGCGGGCGGUGUACAUGGUGUGUUUGCUGUGCAAAAUUGAGGGGCAAGGAGCCAAGGAGCAGAUGUAACACGGAUCGAAAUUCAUCGCCCCCAAAAUUCUGAAGCGAGAAAAGGCAGACACAAUCCAAUCCAAGCAAAUACAACACAUUACAAAAUAAAGAUUUAUCUGUAACCUAAGCGAGGUCAGGCGCUUGAAUGCAGCACGGUAUAUAUGGUGAAGUAUUAUACCUGGUUAUGCUGCAUUCAACCAGCGUAGGAUAUAAGCAAUGUAAACCUAGACCUAAUCACACAACUUGUACCCUUAAGGUGGAAUUUAAUCAUUUUAAGCCUAAGUUUUGUCUUUUGCAAGAAAUUGUCACAGCUGCAAAUAGCCUCUUAACUAUUCUUCCCAAUCGUCUCCAUUCAAGUUAUGUACGCCAUAGUGUACACGAAGUAAUUACAUAAUAAUUAGCAAGGAGGCGCAGCAGUCUCUAGUAUGAUGAAUAAAUGUAAAACAAUGUCAAAUUCA